UCGGAGAGAAGAAAGAGGCUGCUGUUUGUUCAUGCGUUUCGUUCCUUGAACAAGUUUUCUCCAAACAAACCAAAAAAAAAAAAACAUUUCGCCUCCUUCUCUUCUUCUUCGCUACCAGUCUCUUCUCUCUCGCACCAUCGCAAAAACCCUAAUUUUUCUCUUCGAUUUUCUCUUCUCACAAACCCUAAUUGUUUCUUCCUCCCACCACUCGCUUUCUCCUUCCAUCGUUUGGUUUUUUUAAUAAGUUUCUCUCUUUUUUCUUGUUUGGGGAAGAAGCCAUUGGUUUCUUUAAACGAUUGAAUCUAUAAAACUUCUUCUUUUUCUUCUGGGUUCUGUGUUCUUCGUCUCUUUCGUUGAACCCGUUGUUUCGAUUUUCUUUCUUCUGAGGGAGAUUUUUUUUCUGUUGAUGCGUUGAUACGAAUUUUGCCGUUGUUUUGUUGAAUUCUAGGAAUAGUGAUUAGGUGGUUAGGGUUUCUGGUUUAGUGCCCAUCAGGCUAGUUCCCUUAUUGGUGGAUUUAGAUGAUGAUGAUGAUCUUCUAGGUUGGUUUUAGAGUGUGUCUUAGCCAUCUGUGUGAGAGAUGGAUGUGUAGAGGGUUUAAUCAUCAUUGAGACGAUUCGAUUCAUUUGGUUUUGAUUUGAGAUUGGAUUUUUCUUCCCUGCCCUUUGUGGUAGUAGGUGAUUUAGAUGUUUAGGAAGAAUUAAGAAGAGUUCUUGAGAGUGAUAGAGGUCAUUGAAUUGUUCUUUUUAUCUGAUGAAGUAUAGCUUUCAUAAUGGAAAAACGCGAACCCUCUUUAGUUCCUGAAUGGUUGAGAAGUUCAGGACAUGGUUCUGGUGUUGGGAGUUCAAAUUCUCUUUCAGAUUCUUUACGUAAUAGCAAGAAUAGGAAUGCUAGGAGCAGAAGUGAUGCUGAUUCAGUUGGGUCUCCUUUUCUCGACCGGUCUUCUUCCACCAAUACGAGGAGGGGAUCUAGUAAUGGGUCUACAAAACAUGCAUAUAGUAGUUUCAACUUUAAUAGGAGCAACAGAGAUAAAGAUCGGAGCAGGGAGAAGGAUAGGAUGAGCUACAUGGAUCCAUGGGACAAUGAUAGUUCUAUGCCUUUUGGAACCUUCUUGAUUGGUAGGGGAGAGGAGCCACUGAGACGAUCACAUUCAAUGACAACAAGGAAACAGGGAAACCAUCUGGCUCAAGGAUUUACAGUAGGAUAUAAAAAUGGUGGAAACAUUAAUACUUUCAACGGACAUGGUAUACUUCCUGGAACUAGCCCUGUAAAGAGCUCCAAAAGAAUGGGUUUCAAUAAGGAUUUUCCUUUGCUUAGAGGUGAAGAGAGAAAUGGAGGCCCAGACGUUGUAAGAAUCUCAUCUCCUGGUCGAAGUCCUACUGCUCAGAGCUUGUCAGUUGCUAAUCCAGCCUUGAUUAUCGGGGAAGGUUGGACAUCGGCUCUGGCAGAGGUUCCCAAUGUUAUUGAGAAGAGUGGUGGUGCUGAAUCCCAUGCUAAUGUGGGUAAUUCGGCUACCUUAUCUGGACCAGCUUGUCGUAACAUGGCUGAAGCAUUGGUGCAGGCUCCAGGAAGAACUGGUACACCACCCCAGGCACAAACACUUGAGGACCGAGCUAUUAGGCAAUCUAGGCAGUUGAUACCGGUUGUGCCUUCAGCACCAAAGGGCUCAGUUCAUAACUCUUCUGAUAAAUCCAAGACCAAACCAAUGUUUCGAAGUGGUGAAACCGGUCUUGCUUCUUCAAGAAAUACCCAACAGCAGUCCUCUGUGAUGCUCGGUAAUAUGCAGUCUAAUCCUGGUAGUCAGAUCAAGCCUGAUACGACUAAGAAGCUGGUGAUUCUCAAACCUGCUAGGGAAAAUGGGGUAGUUGCUGGAGGUUCACCACCCAACAGCCGAGUUGCCGCUAGCCAGCCGACCACUGCCCCAUCCACACAAUUUACUGCUUCUGUGAGAAGCACAAAUGGUCCAAGGGAUCUCAGGGGAGCUUCUGUAAACAUGUUAGCUGGAAAAGCCGCUGAAAAGAAACUUUCCUUGGCUCAAACUCAGAGCAGGCAUGCAUUUUACAGUGCUUUGAAGCAAAAAACAUGUACGAACAUCUCAACUGAUCCAUCAAAAACCAGCUCUUGCAUCUUGUCUUCAGUGGAGGAACAGGCAAACAGUUCUAAGGAGCUUGUAGCUAGUGACCCUUCAAGUCCACAAGCUGCAGAAAGAGAUGAAAUCAUGGAAAGUGUCGAGAAAGUUUCUAACGUUGCAGAAAGGAUUAGUAGAUUUGAAUCGGCAGUCCGUCCAGAUCCAAAAGAGGCUGCAUUCCUUAAAUCCCUUGGUUGGGAUGAGAAUGAUAGCGACGAAUACACCCACACAAUGGAGGAGAUGAGAGAAUGGUGCAAGAAGUUCAAGCCAUCACUGCUGCAGAAGCUGCCUAUCAUAUAAGAAGCAACUGAGGACAUAGCUCCCGACUCGUGAUCAGAUUUUGUUCGGGGUUUUCAGAUGGAAGAUAGUUUUUCAUUCUCUUUUCUUUUCUUUAUUCUCUUUGGUUUUUUUUUUUUUCUUUUGGUUACUUCGGCGCUGGCUAGAAGGUGGAAAGGCUUUAGUUGCAGUAAGAGUAUUGUUCUGCUUCUUCUUCAGAGGUGCAACAAAAUGAAAAAUGGCUGACUAUUUUGUACAUCUUUGGUCUGAAGAUAAGUGGGCUUUGUCUAUGGCAUCUUCUUUUAGGUUUUCUAAUGUUUGAUGAUCAUUCAUGGUGAGGGAAAGAGAAAAUUGCCGAUGGGGGUUAAGUAGAAAAGUUAAAGAAUUCGUUUUCUUACCUUUUUAUGAAAUUCAUCUUUUAGGCUUAUAUAUUUUAUAUUAUUUAUUCAUUUUUAUAGUUU